ACUGUUUGCCUAUUUUCCUUUGCUAACAGCUCCAGGUAUCAAGGAGUCAGGAAUUUCAGCUCACAUACCUACCACACUUAUUUUAACCAGAUUUUCACAGCCCUUGUAAAGCAAAGAGUCUGUUACCUAGAAUGGAUUGAAAGAGUUCCUCCAGAGAAUAUCCUCCGAGUGCUAAUAUGCCUCAGAAUGUUAAUGAGAGACCAUGUUUUUCAGGUACAGUCAGGGCNAAAUGAGCAGUUUCGGUUACAGCUACUGACAGAAAGUUACCUUGAGAAUGGAGAAGAGCCAUUUACUGUUGACAUUUUGAAAGAAAUGACAAAUAUUUGUCAGAAACUGUCUGCAGAUGUCAAACAGCGAGAGUGGCUGGUAGCAUGUUGUACACACAAAGCUCUUGUUCUCCUCUUGUCUGCCAGCGAUGUUAUGGUACUUCAUUGUUCCCUGUAUGCCUUGAUUGGUUUGGCUCAAAGUGAAAGACCACGAGCCUUGAUUGGUGAAUUGAACUGCACUGAGAUACUGUUACGAAUAUUGCAGGAAUAUGAUGUGCUUUCCAAAACUUUGGCAGCUGGAUUGCUCAGGAUAUUGUGUGCUGAUAGCAGUAUUAGAGAACAGGUGAAGGUCUUUGAUGGAAUUCCCAUUUGUUUGAGCUUACUGCAUUGUGACAAUCUCAAGCUUUUGUGGAAUGUGGUGUGGAUAAUUGUACAACUGGCAGAAGAUGCUGACUCUAGUAAUGACAUCAGAGUUCUUGGUGGAAUCCCCCUUUUGCUGGCUCUCCUACAGGAUCGCAAACCAAGCAGUGAUACGUUAUAUCUGGGUACUGACACAGGUUCAAAAGCAUCCAUCAAUGCUGAGCAGACAGAAGUUGAGCUUGGAGAAGAGACAAUGCCAUUAAAAAUUGCUGUGUGCUCUGCUCUGACUGAACUUGUCGUCAAUGACACUAACGGACAACAAAUUGUGCAGUCCAAUGGUAUUUAUUUGCUUGGUUUGUUGAUUCUUCCACAAGAAUCGUCAUCUUCUGAUGAAGCUUCCACCGUUGAGCAUCUGCAGAAAAGUGCCUUCAGGGCUUUGAGGUUCCUUUUCAGUAUGGAACGGAAUCGCCAACUCUUCAAGAGAUUGUUUCCUCCCGAACUGUUCGAGAUGUUUAUUGAUGUCGGGCAUUACGUCAGGGAGUUGAACGCUUACAAGCCUCUGGUUGACAAGAUUUCCACUCUAACGGAGGAGGAUAUCUCAGUGAUAAAGAACAACAUUUUAGCAACUAAUCAGAAUAAGGCUCCUAGUCAUUCCGUUGGUUCGUAUGAAGUACUUGAGCUGCUUGGAUCCGGUGCAUUUGGGAGCGUAUACAAGGUCAGAAAGAAGAAUGCUGGACAGAGCUUUCUUGCCAUGAAAGAGGUACAGGACAAUCAAGCUAUCUUGCAUAACCUGUGUCGGAGAGAGCUCCCUCCGAUUUUCCUGUCGCUUUAUCGAAGUAUUUACUCGGAGUUAAGUUUUAUUGAAGUGAGGAAAGGAUUUGAUGUUUUGCCAUUCAGCGUAUUGGUUCACGUUCAUAACAGCUCUAGUACAAGCGUUGUCUCUUGCAGAAGUGCACAAACACUAACACUAAAACUAACCAUUUCGUGUUCUCUCUGUUUUGUCGCAGAGGACAAACUGUACGUCGUAAUGGAAUUAAUCGAAGGGGCUCCUCUUGGAGAACAUUUCAAUUCUCUGAAGGAAAAGGGAACAAGAUUUUCCGAAGAGAGAAUAUGGCAUAUUUUUAUACAGAUUGUGCUAGGACUACGUUACAUUCACAAGGAGAAACACAUUGUCCACAGAGAUCUUACUCCAAACAACAUCAUGCUAGGGGAAAAUGAUAAAGUCACCAUAACUGAUUUCGGCUUAGCAAAGCAGAAAAACCCUGAUGCAAGCAAAAUGACCUCGAUGGUUGGAACAAUAUUAUAUUCAUGUCCUGAAGUGGUCCAAAGCCAGCCUUAUGGCGAGAAGGCGGACGUGUGGGCCUCGGGAUGUAUUCUGUAUCAAAUGGCGACUCUUCAACCUCCGUUCUACUCGUCUAACAUGCUAGCAUUAGCAACCAAGAUCGUAGAAGCCCAGUACGAACCUAUACCUCCUGGACAAUACUCCGACAAGCUAUCGGAGACAGUUAUCAGAUGCCUCAGACCGAAUCCCGACGAAAGACCAGAUAUCGUACAGGUCGCUGCUAUCAUCAGUGAGAUAAUGUUGGUUUAUGUUGACAAAUUACGCUCCAACGAAAUCAGCUUAGAGAAGAAACUCGAGAGGGAAAGAAAGCGAACUCAAAGACAUUACAUCGAGGCAACUCGCAACAUGCAAAAUUAUCAUCGCUUGUUCUGGGCUUCACAAGAACGUUAUGACAAGCUCGUAAACCUGUCAAGUAGUGGAGGAGCCGCUGGCUUCAGGAACGUGGACGUUUCUGAAGGCAGUGAUACUGUGUUUGAAGCGGCGAAUGUUUUAAGUGAGUUAAACAGAAACAUUGUUCAUAAAAACGGCGAGACGGAACCUGCACCCCAGGUGGACUCUGGGAUAGAUAUCGGUGGCGAGGGUCUCGCGAAUGGAAGUUUGGGUUCUAGUACGAGAUCGCAGGAACAAAAUGGCAGCCCGAAGCGUGAAAGUAGCUUGUCCCCAAACCUAUCGCGGCGGCAAAGAACUUUAAAGCCAGUCACUGAUAAAUCAAGUAGUAAAGGAAACGUGGAGAAAUCGUCGAGUAGUAGACAAGACAAGCCGUCUCCGAGCAGUAAAACAAGCACAGAAAAAGUGCCAAACGGAAGAACUAUUGUCGAAAAGACGAGUGCCAAUUCUUCUACGUCUACUGCUCAUAUAUUCGCAGUACCCAAGCCUCCGGGGCCUCGUAAGGGUGCGCGGAGGCCACUUCAUGUUGAUUUUGCGGUCAGCAGUAAAGCCGGGACGUCAAAUGGCACGAAUACCAAUGCAACAUCCACUGGCGUGGCACAUGGCGUGACCUCAUCCGGGAUUUCUGCUUCUGGGAUAAGUGAAGCUCCAUCCCGAAGAACGCAAAGCAGCUCUUCAGUGGAAAUGUAUAGACGGCAAAGUGGUGGCCAGUUAAAAGCAAGACCUCCCACUGCCGCAGCAACUCUCAGCAUAUCUCCUCGUAAAGUUCGCCAAAUAAACGAUCCUAUCUCACAAAUCCUCAAUCAGCUUCACAAGAUCAUCUUCAUUACGCAGUUACCUCCAACACUGUCACCGAAUCCACAGAGAAGAAUAGUGGAACAAUUCAAGAGAGCUCUGUUUGCUCCGCAAAACAGCUCUUUCGUGAAUCUCAAAAGCGAAGUUAAAAAGGUGAUCGAAUGCUCAAGAGAAGUUAUCGACCUCAAGUUCGGCUUUGGAGAUCCAGCUUUCCUUCAUCACCAGCAGGAUACCGCUGACAAGUUAGUAGUGAGCGGGGUGAAUCUUGAAUCUGCCGACGCUCAGGAAAUUGGGAUAACUUAUGAGAUGAUGCAGAACAUAAUUGAAAACGUCCUCAUGGAGAGCGGCUAUUACGACAUGUCUCCCUGUGCGAGAAACCGGACGGUUCCUCUGGGUCCUAUUGGCACGUUGCCGGCGUCUGGUGUCAAUUUUGGUCCCUCUAAGAGGGGUACAAGCUCUUAAUAUGGAGUGGAAUUUUUUAUACCAUCUAUAAUGUCUAGGAAAAUAAAAAGGCUGCCUUUAAAUGUAGCAAAUUGUCAACUACUUUAAAAUCGAAAGUGGAUAAGCAGUUUUGGAGCAAUUUUGUUCGAAUAAUUUGCGAUUGGAAGUAUUUUCAAUAUUUGAUAAAACAACUUCCUUUGGCAGCGUUUUUAUUUGAAAGCCGUCUUGGAUGGAAAGCGAGAUUCCGUUUUAUGUAAAUGUUUGUACAGAACAAACCUAAUUUAUUUUUUUAGCAGACGUUUAUUUAAAAAGCGAUAGAUGUAAAUGGAAAAGAGAGUUUAUCUAAACUGCGCAGGUGUACGCGAAUUUUUCAGUCGCUUGAAAAGUUGAACUUUUCAU